CUCUUCACCCUAUCAUAUAUUCUCUCCUCCUCUUUCCCUGAAAACCCCAUAGACAUUUCCAUUGACAUCAAAUUUCUCUUCAUUAGCCUCUUCUUGAUUCACAGAGAAGAAAACAACUAUGGAGUAUUGGCCUGUGGAGAUCACGCUUGUCUCAGCCAAUGAUCUUAAAGAUGUUAGAAGGUUCUCCGAGAUGGACGUCUACGCCGUCGUUUCCAUUCUCGGCGAUCCUGGCAAGGAGCAGAAGCAGAAGACACCCGUCCACCAAGAGUGCGGAUCACACCCUAAGUGGAAUUACACGAUGCAUUUUGUCUUCAGUGAGGCUGCCGCCACACAGAACCAACUCACCCUCGAAAUCAAGAUCAAAACCUUACGAACUCUACUCAGCAGCAAAAAGGUCGUCACAGUGCAUGUUCCGAUCAAGAAAUUGUUUGAUGAGAAGACCGAAGAGAAUGCCGCUAAAUUCGUUACCUACAAUAUCAUGAAUCCGAACGGGAAGAGCGAGGGAACUUUGAAUUUUUCAUACAAGUUCGGCCACAGAUUCACUGGUGUUGCAUCGCUUCCGGGAGAGAAGAAAACAACUAUGGAGUAUUGGCCUAUGGAGAUCACGCUUGUCUCAGCCAAUGAUCUUAAAGAUGUUAGAAGGUUCUCCGAGAUGGACGUCUACGCCGUCGUUUCCAUUCUCGGCGAUCCUGGCAAGGAGCAGAAGCAGAAGACACCCAUCCACCAUGAGUGCGGAUCACACCCUAAGUGGAAUUACACGAUGCAUUUUGUCUUCAGUGAGGCUGCCGCCACACAGAACCAACUCACCCUCGAAAUCAAGAUCAAAACCUUACGAACUCUACUCAGCAGCAAAAAGGUCGUCACAGUGCAUGUUCCGAUCAAGAAAUUGUUUGAUGAGAAGGCCGAAGAGAAUGCCGCUAAAUUCGUUACCUACAAUAUCAUGAAUCCGAAGGGGAAGAGCGAGGGAACUUUGAAUUUUUCGUACAAGUUCGGCCACAGAUUCACUGCUGUUGCAUCGCUUCUAGGGGGUUCAAGUUCGGGUGGGAGUACGGCGCCGACGGGUGGGAGUACGACGCCGAAUCUGGCAGCUGCAGUGCAACUGUAUGAGCUGUUUUCGACAUAGUUGGAAAGCUACGAUGAUGGUGAAUUGGAUGACGAUGAUGGUAACUGUGAUUUCUAAUUUCUGCUUUCUUUAUAUAUAUAUUAAAGUCCCACAGGCACUGAAAGUCAUUUUGCAUGUGAAAAAUGUGUAUCCACUUUAUCUAGUCUCAUAUUAAUGUGUAUCCGGUAUGUGUUUAUAUAUAUAUAUAUACUGUCGUGCCCGCG